GCCAUGGCUCCUGACGCUGCCGCCCUGUCCGACCCGCAGACGCACCAGCCCACUGGUACGCGGCAAGACAACGAUGCCGAGGACUUUGGCUUUGGCAAGGGAGAUCUCGCCGCCCUCGUCGUGCCGCCCAAGUUCGACAACGUCGACGCCGAGAGGAAGUACCUCAAGCACCGCCUCGCCCUGGCGUGCCGCAUCUUUGCCCAGUACAACCUCGACCACCACGUCGCCGGCCACCUCACGGUCCGCGUCCCUGGCGACGAGACGUCGUUCUACGUCAACCCAUUCGGCCUCGCCUUUGCGCUCAUGACGGCCGAGGACAUCAUCACGGUCUCGCACGAGGGCGAGGUCAUCGGCGGCGGCAAGCCUGGACGUCGCGUCGUCAACAAGGCGGGCUUCCUCAUCCACUCGAGCAUCCACCACGCUCGUCCCGACGUGCAGGCCAUUUGCCACUCGCACUCGCCGUACGGCAAGGCCUGGUCGACCCUCGGCCUGCCGCUCCAGUACACGACGCAGGACUCGUGCUCGUUCUUCGGCGGCCAGGCCGUCCUGACCGACUUUGGCGGCGUCGUCCUGUCGAAGAGCGAGGGUGCUCGAAUCGCCGAGACGCUCGGCGACGGCAAGCUCAUCAUCCUCACCAACCACGGUCUUCUCACGGUCGGCACCUCGAUCGACGCAGCCGUCGCGUGGUUCCUCCUCGCCGACCAGCAGUGCCAGGUGCAGCUGCUCGCCAACGCGGCCGCCGCCGGCCUCGGCCAGAAGGUCAUCAAGGUCGGCGACGAGGAGGCGCGCUUUACGGCGGGCACCAACGGCGAGGGCGCCGCCUACUUCCUCGCGUCGCCGUACUUCCAGGUCGCCGAGGCGCGCUGGGGCAAGGAGGUGCGCGGCGAGGCGUGAGGACGAGCGCGAGGGUCGAGCGAGCGCCGAGGGCCUUGUGGGUGUACAGCACUCCUUCCUUUCUCUCUCUCUCGCACACAAUGAUCAGUACCUGUCACUUU